UUCGUCACUGAUCCUCAGCAUCUGGCCAUCUUUACUUAUACCUGCCAAUAUGCUCCGAAAUUAGCCCUGUGGUCUGAGCAUUUGAGCGAAUCAAUUGGUGCAUUGCAGGUGACUGACUUCCGUAUCACUGCAGCAAUUUCAGGCAAUGUCACCUAUCGCAUGACGCCGGAUGUCACAGGCACAUGUGUCUACCUUGAGAACAUUUAUAACUCGCAGGCACUGCAAUCGCCGAAACAACAGUUGAUCUUGGCAAUUGAAAAGGACAAUAAUUCACUGGAGAUGCUGUCAGAACUGGCUGAAAGGUCGUGGUGGUUUUGGUAUCGGUCUUUGACAAUUGCCCCAUUGCCACGACGAGACCCGGCUGAAAACUAUGCUAUCGUUCACCCAGUUGGAACCGCGUGCAUGACGUCGUUACUAAAUUUAAUUGCUGCUUUCACGAACCUCACUGAGCUCAACCUGACUUUCUGCCACUUCGAUCGUGGAUUAGACUGGAGGGACAUUGUGGCAUCCGGAACGUUCUUGAAGAUUCGAGCCCUUUCGCUCGCACAGUGCGCUUUGACGAUAGCAGAUUCUGUUGAAGCACUAGCAUCAUCUUGCCCAUUGUUGGAAGAACUUGACGUGCGCGCUCUCAGCAUCACGUGGACUGAAUAUUAUAAAUGUGAAUCGUCUUGUCAACCCUCUGUUUCCUUCAACAGGGACACCGUGAAGACGCUUUGCGAAAGAACGAGACUACAGCGGCUCACCCUGCUCGAUAUUUCCCAGAGAAGGUGCCUGCAUUGGUUGUCGCAGGUCAGACUAGUUCAGCUGCGACUCGAUUGGCUACCAGUGCCUUGCUGCUUGACAAAGCAUAUGGUGAGAUGGCUAAGUGUGAAUCAGCACUUACGAUCCAUUACAUUAAGGCCUUUGGGUGUGGCCUUCAGAGAUGUUUGUGCUGAAGUGCGCAAAACCAUCAUGCCGUCUCUUCGAGCUCUAACAAUAAUUUCAAGCGCUUACAUUUAUCGAGAAAGUGUCCUGAAUGAGGUGAGCAGCACGUUGUCGCACCUACCAGCUUUACAAACUUUCCAUGUGCAUUUUCCUGCAUUGCGAUGCCAGGCGUUCAAGUUGACUUGGACGCGCCGAAGCCCCCUCUGCGUUGAAACCGUGCAACAGGAUGUCCCGAGUGGCGAUUUCAUUUUUCACGCUCCCUGCCCUCGAGAUUGCAGCAUGGACACGUUCAUUGGAUUGAUAAAGCCUCAUAGUUGAACAGCGGUCGCUGCAUCUGCUCAGAUUGAGCGAGCGAAAAUGCAUUGCGUGUGCAAC